AUGGCGCCGGUCGCGGUCGCCGCGAACGUUGAAAUCGCGGCGCCGCUCGCGGUGGAAGACACGGCCACGCUUUGCGACCUCGUGCGCGGCGCGCUGUGCUUCUGGCGGUGCGAGAGGGAUUAUUUCUUCGCGGAAGGGUCGAAGUGCGCGAGGGCGCGAGACGCGUGCGCGGCGGCGUGUCGCCUGCCGCCGGAAUGGGUCACGCGAGCGCUCGGCACGACGCGAGAACGAGAAAUCGCGAAGCACACGGACCCUUUGGAACGGAAAGAAUAUUUGGGGACGCUCACGGAGGAGGAGGCGCGGACGUUGAGGCGGAGACGGGCGGAGGCGGCGCGCUUCGUGAGACGAAGAGCGAUGGCCGCGGCGCCGGAGAGACAGAGCAUGACGAAGCGGGCGGGGGAACGACGGAGACGGGAGCGAGCGUGGACCUCGUCAAAGUUGAGAAAGGAUGGGGACGACGCGUCGGUGAGCGCGAGCGAUGAGUUCGGGAAGGCGGAGGCGCUCGAGGCCGAGCUAGCGGAGGCGAACGCUCGGCGGUAUCGCCGCGCCUACGACGGCGCCGAUGAAUCGGGGUAUUCGUCGCGAUCGUCGUCGUAUUACUCGGACGAAUCGUCGUAUUCGUCGUACACCGGGUCGUCGUAUUCGUCGUACACCGGGUCGUCGUAUUCGUCGUACGCCUCGGACGCAGACGCCGAGCGGGAGCGUCGGCGCGCGUUGGCGCUCGACGCAAUGAAGCCCCCGAACGACGCCACGGCGAUGACCGUCUCGCGCAAGGAUGCGCUCGGCAAACCAUUAAUCGUCGGCAAGCACUUGGCGUUCGCCACCGAAGGUUUACUCCCCGAAGGCUUGACGCGCUGGGAGGCGUACAUCGCCGAAGCCGAACGCGCCGGCGAGCUUCGCGACGCCAAAAUGCGUCGCCGCGCCGAGCGUCGCGAUCGAUCCCUCCACCGCGAGCUCGAUGCUCUGAAACUCUACGCCGACAGGGUCAAGCUCAGCGAGCAAGACGUGCAAAUCCGUCGUCAAGCGUUGAUCGACGCGCACGACGCGCGCGUUCGCGAAUCCGUCGAGCGCGAAGUCAAAAUAGCCGCCCGCGCGCGUCGCAAGCGCAACGUCCUGCUCAAUCUCGACCACGACGCGCGCUCUAGAUUAUUAAAGCGCUGGGCUCUCCGCCCCAGCGCUCAGAAAUAG